AGGAUGAAGGACGAGGGGUCUGAGAGAGGAAGAGGUUGGAGGUGGGCGUCGCCUGGGAUGACGGGAGUCUCGGCAGUGAGGUCCGAGUGGCACAGCUGGAUGCACUCCUGCAGGAGGACAUAAGGAGGUGAAGAAGGAAAGGAGACGGAGCGAAGGUUUUCUCGGCCCUGCAGACAGACUGGACAAACAAACGAACAAUAACCAACCAGAGCAGGAACAGCGUGACCCUUCAGGUGGACUGAAAACUUCAAAACGAAAACAAACAAAAAUCAGAAAACGCCACAACAGAAGAUACCAGGCUUUCCCAGGAUGAAAGUGACAUUCACCACCUCAGUGUGUUAAAUGUCAGAUGGCUGAUUUGGCAGAUUAACACUGAGCCGACAUGUCAUCACCGGAGGGAAGGUGGGAUUCGAGCCUGCAGACUGAGAUGGAGAAACUCUGUGCAGGAGAAGAGUCAGCAGAAAGAAAGAGCACCAGCUCCACGACAAGCGAAAAGGAGGGUGAGGAAAGUACACCCAGAAACAGUGCUGAUGAGGCUGGUGCUUCCUGCACUGAUGACACAGCUGAAACCAAAGAGAAACUGUCAGAGGAAGAUGAUAACACGCUGUCUCUGAUCACCUGGAACGUGGACGGACUUGAUGGAGAGAAUCAGCCGGAGAGAGCCAGAGCUCUGUGCUCUUAUUUAAUCCAACACUCUCCUGACGUGGUGCUUCUUCAGGAGCUCAUUCAACCCUACGUCCGCUUCGUGUACAAACGCCUGGCCGUCGACUACACGUACAUUGAAGGUGGGAAGGAGAAUUACUUCACUGGGAUGAUGCUGAAGAAGUCUCGAAUAACGCUGCUGGACAGUGAGAUUGUCUCCUAUCCAACCACUCAGAUGAUGAGGAACCUGCUUGUCGCUCAGGUGCUGUUCAGAGGCCAGAAGCUUUGCCUGAUGACGUCCCACUUUGAGAGCUGUAAGGACAGUGCAGAGGAGCGGAUGAGACAGCUGCAGCUGGUGAUGAGGAGGAUGAGCGAGGCUCCUGGCGACGUCUCUGUCCUGUUUGGUGGAGACACCAACCUGAGAGCUGCUGAGGUGGCCAAAGUGGGCCUUCCCAGCAGCGUCUGUGAUGUUUGGGAGCAGCUAGGAUACCCGGUGCAUUGCCGGUACACAUGGGACACCAGGCUCAACACCAAUAAGGCUAUUCCAUUCAACUAUCACUUCCGUUUUGAUCGUGUGUACCUGCGCCGGGCUCAUAAGGACGGGGCCCCGCGGCUCAACCCAGCCAGCAUGGCCUUGGUAGGACAGGAAAAGCUGAAGUGUGGCCGCUACACCAGUGAUCACUGGGGAAUCUACUGCACAUUCUCUGCAGAGUAGAGACACACAAAACAAACUGAAACUCUGAAGUGUCCUGCUGUCUUUUCUUUGUCUUUUCCCUCAUCUAAACACACUCGGUUUAUUAGAUGCACCUAAAUAAAAGUACUGCAGUCUAAUACAA